AUGUUGGAAACGACCAAACCGCUAAAUGUCUACUGUAACAGUGAAAGUGGCUACGAUUCGCCGCACGCUAGUGGAGAAUCGUCGCGUCGAAAUUCGAUCGGUUUCAAAGAAUAUGUGAAAAGUCGGCGUUUCACAAUGAUUGGCAAAUCAAAUCGUGUUGCGGUACCGAUACCGACGGGCUCUGAUGCCUCCAGAAAGACCAGCAGUUCUGACUCGAGUUUCUACGAUGCACCAGAUGAUCUAGAUGAUGAGCUUUCGCCUAGACCACUGUACCAUCGAAGAAUGAGCGUGCCCGAGAAGGUCUUUCACAGUGCAGAAUACGCGAUAUUGCGGCCGUCGAUGGAAGUCGAUAUUAAGUUCGAGAUCGUAGCCGCAUUUGAUCGCUACACUGAUCCGUAUCGUCAUUACAUGCAAUCGCUUACCUGUUAUGAUCUACAGCCAACUCACGGCGCCGUGGUUGUCAUGGAUGGGGAGUUAAAAAUUCACAAAGCGUUGACCGCCCUGAGUCAAUGUGGCCAUCACGUAGCGAUCGUCUCCAAUUUAGACGUCAAGGGUGGUCUCGGAAUCAUCACCGUCACAGAUUGUUUGAAAGCAAUUGUGCUGGCAUCGGAAGGCGUACAAAAGGUGGCCGAGCAGACAGUCGCACAGUUUCUGAAGUCAAACAAUCGAAAGCAACUCGUCACGGCUGAUGUCAAUACCAGUGUCUGGGAUGCGGCCAAGAUGAUAUGCUUGAAUAGAAUACACCGUAUUCCUAUCGUGCAGUUUGAAGACAACUGCGCCAGUAAUGAAGGGAGAAAACAGCAAGGCACAUUGCUCUAUGUGCUCAGCUUGAAGACCGUAUUCACCGAGACAAUUGUGAAAUUGUCUGAUCCGAAACCUUCAUUGUGUUCGCAUAUCAAGCAGAAGACCGUAGCUGAGCGACGAGUAGGGACCUGGAGUCGAUUGCAGACGUUCUUCAUGAGUCUAUUGAUCAAAACUAUUACCGAUCACCAACCAGCCCGAUCGGCUACUAUGUUGCAUGGCCGUCACAUGUUUCCUGAUGUGUUCGUAGCGACGGCAACGCUUCCGUCUGAUCUUUGCUCUAACGACGACGUGUUUACAUUUUCGUUUUCAGAUGGGAGUUGUUUGGUCGUCGAAAUUCUAACACCCAUUACGGUAGUGGUUUUUUCCGGAAUCCACAUAUAA